GCUCCAGGAUGAGAUCAAAUUUGGGCAAGCCACAGCCGCGGAAACGCAAUCCGGACUCUUGGACGAUGGAGAGCCGGAUUCAGGAACGUUAGAGAUGAUUCCUCCGUCCAUUAAGGAGCGCUUGCUCCGCCUUCAACGAGAGAACAAGCGAUUGAACGUGGCACUCUCCGGCGGCGGAUCCUCCGCUUUAUUGGGCAGGGACUCGGGUAAUAUCCAAGUUCUGCAAUCCAUGAUCGACACUAUGAAGGAACGGUCCAAUGAGUUGGAGGAUGCCAAUCGAAAAGCCAACCAAAAGAUCUUGGAGCUGGAGAGCAAGCUGGAAGAUCACCUGGCCUCGACUAAUGUGGCCGUGCCACGUAUCCCCGGUUCCAAAGAGGAACUCGAACUGAAACUGUCCGAAUCCAAGAAGAAGGUGGCCAGCCUUCAAGAGACGAUGCAGAAGAAGGACAUGGAGAUCCAGGGCAUGGAGGAGCGAUACAAGCGCUACAUUGAGAAAGCCAAGUCUGUGAUUAAGACCUUCGAGCCGAAACAAGGAGGCGUGGCCGGGGGGUCAGGUGGAUCCGUGGGUGGGCCCGAAUUGGUCAUGCUGCGCUCCCAAAUCAACGACAAGGAUCGCAUCAUUGAAAACAUCGAGCAGGAGAAUGAGAAAGCCCGAGCGGUCCGUGAAAUGGAGGACCGGUUGAUCACUUCCGCCUUCUACAAUCUGUCCAUGCAAAUGCACCGGAAUGCGGUUGAGAGCCGAUUAGGUACGUCGGCCAUUAUGAUUUUAUGAUUUAUUUAU